GGGGAAUGGGAUCUGGAAGGGACUUCCUGUUGUCCCUAAUCCCAGCCUCCACCGGGCUUCCCGGCCCGUUCAGUUCUGGCUGCAAAGACCUGCUCCAACCCCGGGAGAGGGGCUCCACGGCACCCCAGGUACCUCGGAUGCUUCUACCUUGUAUCCUGACUAAAACUUGGCGGGUCCUUGACGAGCAGGGGAGAGAACCAUUUGCUGUUCUUCCUCGUUCUGAUUACAGAAGAUGCCUGCAGACAGUAAAAGCAUCCUGCCUGUGGAGAGCGAGGAGAGAACCCAUGCGGUUCCAGGUCAUGGACAGUGCUGUGGAGACAUGCUCUCUGGGCAGGAGGAGACGGUACCCUUGGGACCCUCUCAGGAGUCAACACACGUUAAGGCAGAGCCAGAAGAACCACACCCUGAGGGGGCAUCACUGGAGGACAGGGCUCUAGGAACUCAGGGCUGGAUGCCCUGGAGUCCUGACUCUAAGGAGAAAGCCCUGUUCUUGCCCAGUGGAGUUCUUCCCUUACCCUGGAUUCCUGUACUUUCCCAAGCGCGAAGGACCAGAGAACAGCAGGUGGCUGCAGCUCUCCUCACUGCCUGGUCCCAGAUGCCGGUGACCUUUGAGGAUGUGGCUCUGUACCUCUCCCGGGAGGAGUGGGGAAGGCUGGACCACACACAGCAACAUUUCUGCAGGGACGCACUACAGGAAAAAAGUGGCCUGGCUUUGGGGUUUCCGUUUAGCAGACCUUUCUGGGUCCCCCAAGUUCAGGGGAAGGGCGAGGUGGCAAGUUCCAGCAGACCAACAGGAGCUGAGGAGAGGCGAGGCGUUGGCUCAGGAGCUGUGGAAAUGGGGAAGUUGGUACCAACCCUAGCCAUGGCAACCCUAGGGGAUAAGAAACCCUUAAGGACCAGGGCCAGGUGGGCUCCAGGGGAAGAGCCACAGUGUGGUCAGCAAGUGGCUAGUGGCCUGGAUGCAAAGAUGGCCAGAGACGCUGGAGAAGCCAGGCAGCCAAAGCCAUCCCCACCCAACACAUGCCCUCUCAAGACCCCAGAGGACGGCGGUCCAGAGAAGCCCAGUGAGGAGGAGGAGAAGGGUGUCCUGGAAAGUGGCGAGGAAGGUCUGGUCCCUGACGGUGAAACAGGCAAGAAGAUGUACACAUGCGCACAGUGCGGCAAGGGCUUCAGCUGGCACUCGCACCUGGUGACGCACCGACGCACGCACACCGGUGAGAAGCCCUAUACCUGCACGGACUGCGGCAAGCGCUUCGGCCGCAGCUCACACCUCAUCCAGCAUCAGAUCAUCCACACGGGCGAGAAGCCCUACACCUGCCCCUCGUGUUGGAAGAGCUUCAGCCACCACUCCACACUGAUCCAACACCAGCGUAUCCACACCGGUGAGAAACCCUACGUGUGCGACCAUUGCGCCAAGCGCUUCACCCGCCGCUCGGACCUAGUCACACACCAGGGCACGCACACCGGCGCCAAGCCGCACAAGUGCCCUAUCUGUGGCAAGUGCUUCACUCAGAGCUCUGCUCUGGUCACACACCAGCGCACCCACACCGGCAUCAAGCCCUACCCGUGCCCGGAGUGCGGCAAGUGCUUCAGCCAGCGCUCCAACCUCAUCGCGCACAAUCGCACGCACACGGGCGAGAAGCCAUACCACUGCCUCGACUGCGGCAAGAGCUUCAGCCACAGCUCCCACCUCACUGCCCACCAGCGCACCCACCGCGGUGUGCGGCCCUAUUCCUGCCCACUCUGCGGCAAGAGCUUCAGCCGUCGCUCCAACCUGCACCGGCAUGAGAAGAUCCACACCACCGGAACCAAGGCUCUGGCCAUGCUCAUGCUGGGGGCGGCGGCAGCAGCAGGGGCGCUCACUGCACCCCCAUCUGCUCCCACUUAGAAGCCAGAGAGUGAGCGAGCAGGGAGAACACCCAGGGAAGCUGGGUCAGUCCUCGCUGGUGCUAGGGUCCUGGGAAGACAAUGUGUCCUCGCCAGUGGGAUGGACAAGGGUGAGGGCGGGAAGCUGUAAGGUGCCAGUGCUGGCACCAGGUGGGACAUGGUAACAGGGGAGGAGAAGGGCAAGCUCUCUAGCUGCAGAUUAAAGGCCCUGGAUUUCAAGCUGUGGCCUGUCGCUCUGUCUGCCCAGUGCUUGAGCCGAUCUCCGAGGAUCGGCAGCUCUUGGUUCUCUCAGGUGUCCCGGAGUCACCACUUUUGCCCUGGGAAGCCUCUCGUGCCUAACCUUGUCUCAGAUCAGGGUCCAUUUGUCAGAGCUUUGGAGCCUGUCCUGGAACUAGCUCUUGUAGACCAGGCUGGCUUCGAACUCAUAGAGAUCCGCCUGCCUCUGCCUCCCCAGUACUGGGAUUAAAGGCGUGCGCCACCACCGCCCGGCCAUUGGGACCUUUUUUAAGAAAUUAGUUUUUGUGGUUGUUGUUGGUGUCUAUAUGUGUGUAUGCGUGGGGUGCGCACGUGCCACGUUGCACCUGUGGAAGUCCAAGGACAGCUUUUACAACUGGUUCUCUACCAUGUGGGCUCCAGAUACGGAGCUCAGUUUGUCAGGCUUGGUUGGCAGUAGACGUGUUUUCCUGCUAAGACAUCUGAUUUUGUUUUUCAAGACCCGGUUUCAUGUAGGGUAGCUGGGAACAAUCUUUGUUACCGAUGCUCCUUGCCUCUACCUCCUAGGUACUUAGAUCAUAGGUGCAAACCACCCAGCUCAUCUUGGGACCAUAGGUCUGUAAACAAAGGCUCUGAGUUCGGCUUCCCAGCUGGAAGACAGCCAGUCACUUCUGAAAGUGGAGCCAGGGAAAGGGGGUCCCUUCAACUUGCAUCAUGUCACAAGGGACCUUGGCUCUCACUGAGCCCUAGCCUCUCCUUUGGCUUUCAUGUCGGGAACCUGGAGCAGGGAAACUCGUUUUCUGUCUACUGAAUUGGAUCACCUGCCUCGGGCUCCUGGCUAUUUUGUGGGUAUCUCUUCCAUCUGCUUAUGCUGGGGCCUGCCAGGGAAACCAAGAAGUCCUCACCAGGGACCACUCUCCCCUCUCAUGCCUUCUGCAGCUACUACCAACCCUGCUGCUCACUUCCUUGGUAUGUGCCAUUUAUAAUGUGCGGUACCUUCCCAUUUGGCUUUGAACAAAAGUUCUGAUUUUUAGCCCCUGUGGCAUCCAUUCCAUUUGCUCCGUUCAUAACCCAGGGCCCAGCCUUAUCCUGCACUGUGGCUCAGCUGCCACAAGAACACUCAGCUCUGCUACCCAGAGAGGCCUCAGGGAACCGCAUGCUGUCUGCAGCUCUGGGUGGUGCCUACCUUCUGAGGGAAACAGUUCUGUAGCUUGAAUAGGAUAGAGAAUAGUAACAAUGGCUGCCCAGGCUUGGGCAGAGCCAGUGGAUCUGUGGCGUGUGUUGUCUACAUUACCUCUGCUCUGGCUGGGUUUGCUGCCUCGGUUUUGUUUUGUUUGUUUGUUUGUUUUAUUUGUCUGUUUCAUGUGCAUUGGUGUUUUGUCCGUAUGUCUGUCUCUUAUCCGCUGAGCCAUCUCUCUGGUCCCUGAAUCACAAGUCACACAGCUGUGAAUUUGUGUCAGGUCUGCCAGAUCGCUCUGGCAAGCUUGUUGUGGUGUUUUUGGCUUUUUAUUUUGUUUGUUUGUUUGUUUAGACAGUGUCUUACUGUGUAGCCCUGGCUAUCCUGAACCUUGCUUAGGAGACAGAGGCAGGCGGAUCUCUGAACUCAAGGCCAGCCUGGUCUACAGAGCAAGUUCCAGGACAGCCAGAGCUACACAGAGAAACCCUGUCUCAAACAAACAAAGGUUUUAUUUAGUCAGGAUCUUAGCUAGCUGAAGAUGACCUGAAACUCACUGUGUAGUUAGGGAUGACACUAACCACUGGUUCUGCCCACAAAUUCUGGGAUUACAGGAUGUGCUCUAGCUACCACACCUGGCUAGAGGGUCCUUUGUCAGAGGCCAGAAAGAUGGACUGCUCUUAUCUUUCCUCUCUCUUGUCUGUUGUGGACAGUGUCACUCAGCCAGUGAUGGAAUGUCUGUGUGGCUCAGAGUAAGGGGCUGAGGGGGCUCCCACCUGUGAGGUGAGCUUCUUUCCUAGGACCCUCUAAUGGAGGCCAGGGACUGCUUGCAAAGACUUGUGGGAAUCCACGGGACCUUAGCGUACUGACUCACUCGCAGGAUGGUUAUUGUUGGCUGUGAUUUCAGUUCCUCGGGCCGUAUGCCUGGUGCACUGGGGACAGGACGCGAGUGCGUUCAGAAAAGAGUGGCAUCGGGCUAGAGAGAGAUGGCUCAGCGGUUAAGAGCACUCACUGCCUGCUCUUCCAAAGGUUCUGAGUUCUGGCGCCCUCUUCUGGACUGCAGGCAUACGCAUAAUAAAUAAGUAAUUUAAAAGAAAAGAGUGGUACCUUGGGAGCUGAUGAUUUGGUGGGUGGUGGGGUGAUUUGGUGGGUGGUGGGGUGUCAUGAGAAGGUAGGAAACCUGACGAGGGUCUUGAUAUCUGAGGGCUCAUGGCCACAGCUGAACGCCUAGUAUACCAGUGUGCUACUGACAGGAGCGAGGACAGCGAACACAUUUCCUUCUGAGCUUCCUGCACCAUGGCUCAGGGUCCUGGUGGAAGAAGAGUCGGGCAGAGGUGGAGGCCUGUGGAUGCAGCUCUGGGCUAGGACCGCUAACUCCCCAGAGCUCAAGAGUCUGACCUCGCCUUUUCCACACCCGAGACCCUCCUUCCCUGUCCUCAACCAGUCAGUUGCUAGACACCAGGAAAAUCAGCCAAUCACCGUAGACGCUAGUCGACGCUUGUCCAAGCAGCGCGCGCUAUCGAGCCGCGCGGUUGUCCGGGCAACCGUUCCGGUUACUGUUCCUAAGUGGUCUGGUUUUCCAGUCUCCAUGCUCGACCCUCAGAGGAACCAAAGACUGUUCACUGACUCCUGUCAGCUGCCUCACCUCACCGGGGCUCUUAGGGCUAUGACCCUGGCUUGCCUGAAACUCGCGCUAGAGAGAUCAGGCUGGAUUAGAACGUGUAGCGAUCUCUCGCCUCUGCCUUUCACGUGAUGGGAUUACAGGUGUAUACUACUAGGCCCAGCUUUUAUUUAUUUACUCUUUUGGUUCAGAUAAUUAAAUUUUGUCUUCGCACGGUUUGUGCUUAAUUCUGUACGUGUAUAUUCAUAUUAAAGUUUGACAUGUAAAAACUAGUAAACUUUUUGGCAUAGAAAAAAACAGCUGAUUAUAGAAAUAUAUAGCUAUC